GGAGAAAACCAUCGCCAGAGCGGCAAAGGUGUUUUGAAAUCGCGGCCACCAAAUGCAAGAUGGUUCCGGACCAACCAGUAAAAAUGCAGUCUGGGCCGCCGUUACCUUCGCAAAAAAAUACUAUAGCCGGACAGACUGCGGACAGUUUUGCAACUGUUCCGUCCACUCACUCGUACGGCGGCAUCCCGACUUCGUCCGGCACCAGUUACGUUUCUAUUGGAAUCUUGCCAGGGUUGGGCAGUUUACCGACAGGCACGAGCGGGACGCUGCCAUUGCUUCUGCCUACAACGAGUCCUUCGACCACGACCUUCAAAACGACCCCCUUGCUGCCGAUGCCGUCGCUGGAAGACAUCGAGGUGGCCAACCAGAUUCAGACUCAGAUGCAGACACAGACGCAGUCGCAGAGCCAGGGCCAAGCACUAGUGCAGCAGCAGCAGCAGCAGCAGCAUCAGCAGCAUCAACAGCAGCAGCAGCAGCAGCAGGCACCCGCGGGAAUCCUUAAAUAUCCAAAUCCCCUGCCACCACCCAGCGUCAACUAUAUCGGAGAGCUAAUGCCACUCCCACUCCCACACCCACACCCACACCCGCUCCCACCCACCAGCACUCCCACCUCCAGCGCAGCACAGAUGAGCAGCGGCAACUGUGGCACACUCAAGAGCACCGCCAAGCUGCUGCCCCUCCAACUGAUGGCCACGGCCGGACCACCACCCAACCAUCCACCCACAAUGUCGUUGCCCCCAGCCUCAGCAGCAGCCUCGAUCCAGGCGCAGGCUCAAGCCCAGGCGCAGGCCCAGGCGCAGGCGCAACAACAGCAGCAGCAGCGCCAGCGGAGGCGACACGGUUGGUGCGGCUGCUUUGGAUCGGGCCGCAAUACCAGACCCGUGGAGAAAACAACGCCGCCAGUGCCGCCGGGCUAUGCCACCAAAUCGAAGAAACGCAAACCCAAAUCGCAGACAGUCUGGUCAGCGCUGCUCACAAAUCUGGGCAUUUGCAUGCUGCUGCUGGCCUACACAUUGCUGGGCUCCUUCAUAUUUCUAACCAUCGAGAACGAGGACUCGGCCCUGCUGCAUCAGCAGCACACACUGGCAAGCACCAAGCGUAAUCUGGCGGGGAUUGGGAUUGGCAGUGCCAUGGGGAAUGGCAUUUAUCAGCAGCAGCAGCAGCAGCAGUCGCCGCAUCAGUCGCAAAGGUCGCCGCAAAUGCACCAGCAGCAGUCGCAGCAGCAGAAACAGAAGCAGAAACAGCAGCAGCAGCAGCAGGCAGGACAACGACAUCAUCAGCGUGCAGGAGGACAACACACUGUGGACAAUGACACGGUGGCGGCAGCAGUGGCUGCCGCCCAGGGAAUGCUCGGAGCAGGGGCAGGCAACGGUGGCACCUCCUCCUAUGGCAUGCCACCGCAGGGUGCAUCGUCGAAUGACUUUGUUUAUGGCGGCCUGGAUGUGCCAGAGGCGGACGAGGCUGAGAUGCAGGAGAUGCCGCAGUUUGGACUGGGACUCGCUGGACUGGGCAUCUCGCCGGACACUUAUGAUGUGAGGCAGCGCACCAUAGAGAAUAUCUGGGACAUAACCGUAUCGCUCAAUAUACUCUACAAGGAGAAUUGGACAAAAUUGGCAGCACUGGAAAUAGCCAAGUUUCAGGACCAAUUAAUCAAGAGACUGAACGAGGAUGUUAUGCUGCAAUUAUCACACGAGGAUGUGGCCAACGCUGGCGGUGGCGCCUCUGGCAGCGGCAACAAUCCAGCCACGGAAGCCGUUCUACUUCACACCCACUUUUAUCAUCAUCGUGCCGCAGGCGGUGGCGUUGUGCCCGGUGGCACUGGUGGCCCUCCGCAUGAGUGGAAUUUUGCCAAAGCGUUUUUGUAUUCGCUGACCGUUUUGACCACAAUUGGAUAUGGAAACAUCGCGCCACGCACCACUCUGGGCAGGAUCGUGACUUUGGUUUACGCACUCUUCGGCAUUCCCCUGACUCUGGUAUACUUGAGCAGCACCGGCAGCAUUCUGGCCAAGAUCGCCCGCGAAGUGUUCUCGAAGGCGCUGUGCUGCUGCCUGUGCUCGAACUGUGGCUACUGCUGCUACGACGAGAAGCGAAUGGCGGAGAAGGAGCGACGCAUGCGGCGGAAGCGACAGCAGGAGGAGCUGCGCAAGCAGCAGGCGGCCAUGCAGGAGCCGUACUAUGUGCGGGAUGUGUACCACACCACACCGGAGAAGCAGGCGGAGGCAGAGGCCGCCGGUGUGGCUCCACCCCCGGCAACGGUGGCCUCCGUCUCCAACUCCUCGGGCAUCAGUGGCGUUGCUGGCGCUGGCGCUCCACCCACAACUCUGCCGAAUGACAUUGACUCGUUGAGUGCCAGCGAGUCGCGCGGCUCGAUGCACGGCCUGAGCAUCAUGGCGCCCAUCCUGCUCUGCUUCUCGAUGAUGAUCAUCUACAUUGUGUUCGGCGCUGCGGUGCUGUACCGCCUGGAGAACUGGCCCAUUGUGGAUGGCAUCUACUUUUGCUUCAUGAGCCUGUCGACCAUUGGAUUCGGGGACAUGCUGCCGGGCCUGCGGCGCGAGUCGAACACCACCACCUGGUUCUGUUCGGUGUAUAUUAUGUCCGGCAUGACGCUGACGGCCAUGUGCUUCAAUGUCAUCCACGAGGAGAUUGUCCAUCGCAUACGCAUUGUUGUUGACUUCAAGAAAACCGAUUUGGCCAACUCGAACAACGGGCUGCCCACGGGUGGACCUGUCAUUGUCGCUGGCACUGGCACUGGCAGCGGUGGCUCCAUGAUGGACCUGGGACCCGAUGACUCCGGACAGUACUAUGUGCCGGCCAAUUCCUGACAUUAUGAGCGGCGUGCGCAUCUCUAUCAGCGCAAUCCCACCGAAGAGACCCUGGUAACAGACACACCCACAUCGCUGGUGCUGAAGGACUACGUGAAUCACGAGCUGGUGCCCAUUCUGACCAUGGAUCCCAACGGGGCACCACGAUUGGCACCCGGGCCGGUGCCAGCACCCGCCUACACGCCCACAGUGACAUCCUGC